AUGGAGAUUGGGAUGGAUUAUCAUCAGUUUUUUGAAAUAAAACGUUGGGUGAGUGAAGGACUUCGACACUUGAUGUCAGUAGCGGAAGGAGAUUUAAGAACAAGGGCUUUGGGCCAAAACUUUUUUAAAAAUCGAGAUCGCACAUUGAUAACAAAUAAAAAGCGAAUUUUGAUGAAAAUAACAUUCGAUGAUGAGAUGAACGAUGAACGAAAUCAAAUCAAACAUAAACAUGAUGAUGAUGAUGAUUUGGUGUUGUCGGCGCAAUUGAAUGUGAAGAGACGACAACAACAGAAAAAAGCAUGA